AUGCCACAAUCAACGACUCUGGUAUAUGCCUUUGUAGGGGUCUUCGGCGUCAAAAUACUCCUCGAUUAUGUCAAUCGCAUCGUGCAUCGUGCUCCAUAUCCUCCUGGUCCACCACCGAAGCCACUGGUGGGAAACAUAUUUGACUUACCUGUAAAAGUGCCUGCCGAGCGCUACAUCGAGUGGAGCAAAAAAUAUGACAGUCCCGUGGUCUAUGCAGAAGCUCUGGGAAGCCGCCUUAUUGUCAUCAACAAGCGAGAAGACGCCAUUGAGUUGUGUGAGAGGAGAGCAAAAAUCUACUCCGAUAGACCCCACAUCCCUAUGGUUAACCUAAUGGCAUGGAAUCACAACAUCGCUUUCUUAGGAUACGGGGAUGAAUGGAGGAGGCACCGAAAACUCUGUCAACAAAGUUUCAACUUCGUUGCAUCCCAACAAUAUCAUAGUAUUCAGAUGAAUGGGGUUGAGCAAUUUCUUCGAUCUCUGUGCGACACACCAGAAGAUUUUGAUGCUCACAGUAGAAUGCUUUCAGUAUCUAUUACUAUGGAAAUGAUGUAUGGGAUCAAGAUCAAAUCAAUCGAUGAGCCUUGUAUAACCAUAGCGGACGAGGCUAUCAAACUUGGGACGGAUUUACUCGUUCCCAGCGGUAGCUUGGUUAACAUUCUCCCUAUUCUUAGACACGUUCCAGCUUGGUUUCCGGGCGCCACCUCGUUGAAAAGAGCGGAACGUGUUCGCCGUAUGACAGAGAUAGUGAUGAAGAUUCCAGUGGAUCAAGUAAAAGCAGCAUUUGAAGAAGGAAAGGCCUCUGCAUCGUUUUACACAAAUUUUAUCGAAAAAAAGCAAACGCUCGGCGCUUCAGAGGAAGAGGAGGAAAUGGUGCGGAAUAUUGCAUACACUACGGUCUCUUCCACUGGUUCAUUUCUCUACUUCAUGGCAGUAAACCCCGAUGUUCAAAAGAAGGCGCAGGAAGAGAUUGACCGCCUGACAGGCUCCAAACGCCUUCCCACACUGGAGGAUCGCCAGUCGCUGCCUUUUGUUGAGGCUAUAUAUCGUGAAGUUAUGAGAAUGAGGCCUCCAUUGCCUCUUGGUGUUCCUCAUCGCGUGGUAGAAGAUGAUUACUACAAAGGAUAUUUGAUUCCUAAAGGAGCAACAAUUUUCACCAAUAUUUGGGCAAUGUGUUAUGAGGAAGAAGAUUAUCCUGACCCAUACACUUUCAAGCCGGAGAGAUUUUUUGAUAAAAAUGGGAAACUGAACGACGAUGACCGCGUUUUGGCAUUUGGGUUUGGCCGUCGGGUUUGCGUAGGCAAAUAUAUCGCAAGCUCUACUCUAUGGCUUAUGAUGGCAUCUGUCCUUGCUUGUUUCAACGUUGUUAAAGCCAAAGACGACAAUGGGAAUGAAAUUGAAAUCAAUCACGAAAUUGAAGAUUUGGGUUUACUCAACCAAAAGGCCAAAUUUAAGUGUUCAUUCCAAGUUCGAUCUCCAGCAAUCAAGAAGUUGAUUGUUGAUGGCCAAUAA